AUGUCGACCUCUCGCCCCGCGCUCGAGGGCCCGCUCGCGUUCGCGCUGGGAGUGAGCGUUCUGGGAUGCGGAUUCGUCCUCGGUGCGCGCGCCGCCGCGAUGACGCUCGAGUACGCGGUGGGACGGGCGGGCGACGCGGGGACGAGGGCGAGAGAAAGAGCGGCGACGGCGUUGGAUUCGACGUCGACGACGGGGAAGAAUCUGGUGGUGUACAUGACCACGGGGGGGACGAGCGAGAGAUUCGCGCGCGCGCUCGCGACGCGCGCGGCGAAAGCCACGGGCGAGCGGUGGACGACGAUGGACGGCGGUGACGUGGAUGAUCCGGAGAAUACGCUCGGUGGAGAGCGUGGAAUAACCACGGUGGUGUUCGUCGUGAGCACGGAUACCGGAGGGGCGGCGCCGAAGCGAGGGGCGUGGCUCGCGCGGUGGGCGCGCGAGACGGCGUACGACGAGCGGGCGGGUUGGAUGUAUCUGAAAAAUUUACGUUACGCGGUGUUUGGUUGCGGGAACAGGGAGUAUGGGGAUGAUUUUAAUCGUGUCGGACGUGCACUCGACGCACAUCUGGCGCGGAUGGGCGCGGAACGAUUGGUACGGCGACGGGACGGGGACGAAGCGACCGGGCGCAUGGAGGCGCAGUUUGAGGAUUGGGCGGAGAAAGUUGUUAAAAGACUCGCUUCUUCGUCCCGUGCGAGCGAUGUCGUCGCCAAAGGAGGUUUAUUCGAAGAAAGCACGUCGACGGAUGAUGUUGAGGGGGGUUGUGGAAGCCAGGACGAGGAUGCACUGAGCAUUGCAGGGAGCGAGGACGGUCAAGACAUGGAGGACAUCGGUGAGAAUGAGGGAGGCGAGCCAAAAGAGAUGGUCACGCCCGCUCUCAGAGGAGCGCUCACGAAGCAAGGGUACAAGAUUCUUGGUUCUCACUCUGGCGUUAAGAUCUGUCGAUGGACAAAGGCGAUGCUUCGGGGUCGCGGAGGGUGCUAUAAGCACACCUUCUACGGAAUAGAGAGCCAUCGCUGCAUGGAGACCACACCAUCGUUGGCUUGUGCAAAUAAAUGCACGUUUUGUUGGCGACAUCACACGAAUCCAGUUGGGAAAUCAUGGCGAUGGAAGAUGGACGAACCGUUGGAGCUCGUUGAGCAGGCUAUUUCAGAACACUGCAAAAUGGUGAAGCAAAUGAAAGGGGUCCCGGGAGUCUUACCCGAGAAGCUUGCAGAAGGAAUGGAGCCAAAGCACUGCGCUCUUUCACUGGUCGGUGAGCCUAUCAUGUACCCGGAGAUUGCAAAAUUUGUCAGUGAACUGCAUUCUCGGAAGAUAAGUACGUUUCUCGUGACGAAUGCCCAGUUCCCCGAGGCGAUAGUUGACCUGCCCCCAAUCACUCAGCUAUAUGUUUCAGUAGAUGCCGCGACGCCAGAAACGCUCAAGGCCGUCGACAGACCACUUUUUGUAGAUUAUUGGGAUCGAUUCGUGAACUCACUCAAGUCGUUGAAGAUGAAGCAGCAGCGGACCGUGUAUCGUUUGACGCUCGUUGCUGGUUACAACAUGGAGGACAUCGCUGAGUACGCCAAGCUCAUCGACCUUGGACAACCCGACUUCAUUGAGAUCAAGGGAGUGACAUUCUGUGGAAGCAGCGACACAUCGUCGCUAACAAUGAAAAACGUCCCUUAUCACAAAGAUGUCUGCAAGUUUGGAGAGGCAAUCGUCAAUAUGAGGAGACGGGAAAACGGAGAGGAAGAGUACGGGUUGGCGUGCGAGCACGCUCACUCGUGCUGCAUCUUGCUCGCUCGGACGGAUAAGUACAAGAUUGAUAACGAGUGGUACACGUGGAUUAAUUACGAUAAAUUUCAACGUCUCGUGGUCAAGGGGGAGAAGUUUACAGCCGCAGAUUACAUCGAGCGCACCCCGAAAUGGGCCACUUACGGAGCGGUGGAAGCUGGGUUUGAUCCAGAGCAAACUCGGCACAUCAAAAUUCGAAACCAUCCAGGGAAAGAUAAAACCGCACCACUGAUUCAGGGUGAGGCUUAG